UCCGGCCCCCGCCCCCGCGCGCGAACGCCUCUUCGGCCGUUUCCGGCCCGGUGCACUUCGGCAAGUUCCGCAGGCGCCUGUCGGAAAUGGCUGCCGGCCGGCAGAGGGAGCGGGGGAUCCGGCGCGGCCUGGGAGGCGCGCGGCCGGCCGCCAGAGCGACUUCUGGGAAGCCGAGUUUCGCGCAGGCGGCGGCGGCGGCGGCGGCGGCUCGUCCCUGACCUGGAAGCCGGAGAGCAAACCCUGGUGUUCACUAUUUGGAGAAAUCAUUUUCAGAAGGACAGCGUGACGUACACCUGCGCAGGGAGGCUCCCGACGUGUAGGGACGGAAGGAACGAGCACUGUGCUGCCUCUUGCCUUCGCCGCCACUCGUGUCUCCUGUCGCCAUGCCGCAGAGUUAACCCUUCGACUCAGAAGGCAACGCGAGGCCUUCAGAAGUACUGAUCUCCCCAGGUUCUUGGGAAUGUUUGGCCAGGCCUGAUUGUUGGCAAUGAUGUGGACAAGAGGCUGGUUUUCUAACUGCCAGCAGUUCUAACCAGCUACUGUGCAACUCUGCAGUAGAAACUAUGUAUAUUUGUUGGUCAGCAAAACCAAGGAACAAGAACUAUGACCAUUGAAAUGGCCUUUGUGAUUCCAGGGUAUUUUUCCUGGGUUUCAUCAUCCAGGACCUCCCUUCCAUCUCAGCAACAAUGUGGUACCUUUUACUGUUCAGUGAAGAUUAAGGAAAUGCUCUGUGGUCAACAGCCAGAACUUAAAAUUUGCUGGAAUAGGGUCAGGGACCAUUUCAUUCGCAGCUGAGGAAAAUGAAAUUUCCAUUUUAUUUGGUGCCUUGUACAGGGAGUGCACUGACUCUUUCAGGAACGUGCGAGUGAAAAAGAGGCUGCGUUUUGCUAAAUAGAAACUCAUGGUUAUGGCGAGUGACCCAACGUGAUCAGAGGGGGCAAGAACCACAGAGAACUCAUGACGGGCUAUACCAUGUUGCGGAAUGGGGGAGUGGGGAACGGAGGUCAGACCUGCAUGCUGCGCUGGUCCAACCGCAUCCGGCUCACAUGGCUCAGUUUUACGCUCUUCAUCAUCCUGGUUUUCUUCCCGCUCAUUGCUCACUAUUAUCUCACCACGCUGGACGAGGCUGACGAGGCAGGCAAACGGAUUUUUGGCCCACGGGCAGGUAAUGAGCUCUGCGAGGUGAAGCACGUGCUGGACCUCUGCCGCAUUCGCGAGUCGGUGAGUGAAGAACUCUUACAGCUGGAAGCCAAGCGGCAAGAACUCAACAGCGAAAUUGCCAAGCUGAACCUAAAGAUCGAAGCCUGUAAGAAGAGUAUCGAGAACGCCAAGCAGGACCUGCUGCAGCUCAAGAAUGUCAUUAGCCAGACUGAGCAUUCUUACAAAGAGCUGAUGGCCCAAAAUCAGCCCAAACUUUCUUUGCCCAUCCGACUGCUCCCAGAGAAGGAUGAUGCUGGCCUUCCUCCCCCAAAGGUCACGCGGGGCUGCCGACUGCACAACUGUUUUGAUUAUUCUCGUUGCCCUCUCACCUCUGGUUUUCCAGUCUAUGUUUAUGACAGUGACCAGUUUGCCUUGGGCAGCUACCUGGACCCCCUGGUCAAGCAGGCUUUUCAGGCUACAGCACGAGCCAAUGUUUAUGUUACAGAAAAUGCAGACAUUGCCUGCCUGUAUGUGGUGUUAGUGGGAGAAAUGCAGGAUCCAGUAGUGCUGCGACCUGCUGACCUUGAGAAGCAGUUGUAUUCUCUACCACAUUGGCGGGCAGAUGGACAUAACCAUGUCAUCAUCAAUCUGUCACGCAAGUCGUACACACAGAAUUUACUGUAUAAUGUCAGUACAGGCCGUGCCAUGGUGGCUCAGUCCACUUUCUAUGCUGCACAGUACAGACCAGGCUUUGACUUGGUGGUAUCACCACUAGUCCAUGCUAUGUCAGAACCCAACUUCAUGGAAAUCCCACCACAGGUGCCAGUGAAGCGGAAAUAUCUCUUCACCUUCCAGGGUGAGAAGAUUGAAUCCUUGAGAUCCAGCCUUCAGGAGGCCCGAUCCUUUGAGGAGGAGAUGGAGGGUGACCCCCCUGCUGAUUAUGACGAUAGGAUCAUUGCCACCCUGAAGGCAGUCCAGGACAGCAAGUUAGAUCAGGUCCUGGUGGAGUUUACCUGCAAAAUCCAGCCGAAGCCCAGUCUGCCCACUGAGUGGGCACUGUGUGGGGAGCGGGAAGACCGCCUGGAAUUACUGAGGCUGUCCACCUUUGCCCUCAUCAUCACUCCUGGGGACCCCCACUUGGUUAUUUCAUCUGGGUGUGCAACACGGCUCUUCGAAGCCCUGGAAGUUGGUGCUGUCCCAGUUGUGCUGGGGGAACAAGUCCAGCUUCCUUACCAGGACAUGCUGCAGUGGAAUGAGGCGGCCCUGGUGGUGCCCAAGCCUCGUGUCACUGAGAUCCACUUCCUGUUACGCAGUCUCUCCGACAGUGAUCUGCUGGCCAUGAGGCGGCAAGGCCGCUUUCUCUGGGAGACUUACUUCUCCACCGCUGACAGUAUUUUUAAUACUGUGCUGGCCAUGAUUAGGACUCGCAUCCAGAUCCCAGCUGCUCCCAUCCGGGAAGAGGUAGCAGCUGAGAUUCCCCAUCGUUCAGGCAAGGCGGCUGGAACUGACCCCAACAUGGCUGACAAUGGGGACCUGGACCUGGGGCCAGUAGAAACAGAACCACCCUACGCCUCACCCAAAUACCUCCGCAACUUCACUCUGACUGUCACUGACUUCUACCGCAGUUGGAACUCUGCUCCGGGGCCUUUCCAUCUUUUUCCCCACACACCCUUUGACCCUGUGUUGCCCUCAGAGGCCAAGUUCUUGGGCUCAGGGACUGGAUUCCGGCCUAUUGGUGGUGGGGCUGGGGGUUCUGGCAAGGAGUUUCAGGCAGCACUAGGUGGCAACAUGCCCCGAGAGCAGUUCACAGUGGUGAUGUUGACCUAUGAGCGGGAGGAGGUGCUCAUGAACUCCUUGGAGAGGCUGAAUGGGCUCCCUUACCUGAACAAGGUGGUGGUGGUGUGGAAUUCUCCCAAGCUGCCGUCAGAGGACCUUCUGUGGCCUGACAUUGGCGUCCCCAUCAUGGUGGUCCGUACUGAGAAGAACAGUUUGAACAAUCGAUUCUUGCCCUGGAAUGAGAUUGAAACAGAGGCCAUCCUGUCCAUUGAUGAUGAUGCUCACCUCCGCCAUGAUGAAAUCAUGUUUGGGUUUCGGGUGUGGAGAGAAGCACGGGACCGCAUUGUGGGCUUUCCUGGCCGGUACCAUGCAUGGGACAUCCCUCACCAGUCCUGGCUCUACAACUCCAACUACUCCUGUGAGCUGUCCAUGGUGCUGACAGGUGCUGCCUUCUUCCACAAGUAUUAUGCCUACCUGUAUUCUUAUGUGAUGCCCCAGGCCAUCCGAGACAUGGUGGAUGAAUACAUCAACUGCGAGGACAUCGCCAUGAACUUCCUUGUUUCCCACAUCACGCGGAAGCCCCCCAUCAAGGUGACAUCACGGUGGACUUUCCGAUGCCCAGGAUGCCCUCAGGCCCUGUCACAUGACGAUUCCCACUUUCAUGAGCGCCACAAAUGUAUCAACUUUUUUGUCAAGGUGUAUGGCUAUAUGCCCCUCCUGUAUACUCAGUUCAGGGUGGACUCUGUGCUGUUCAAGACCCGCCUGCCCCAUGACAAGACCAAGUGCUUCAAGUUCAUCUAGGGGCAUUGUAGGUUUUGGGGAGAGGAAGGGAGAGUGAGGGAGAUGGCUCCCAAGGUUCCCAAGGCAUGAAGGACCUUGGGGACAUCCACUGGGUGGGUGGCCCAGACCCUCUGCUGGGAGAGGCAGCAGGAAGAGUGGAAAAGAAGUAGCUGCCUUUUUCUUAAAGUCGGCCACACUGGGCCUGGAACCCUGGUCAUCAGACCCAGGGCUUCCACACAGGGCACUGACUGAUAGCGCACACUGAGGACCAUGGGGACUCUGGAGAGUCGCUCACUAGUUCAUAAGCCCAGGACAGCUAGUUUGUGGUUUUUAAAUUCAAUAAUUAUUAUUUAAAAAGAGAAAGUUUCAGAUCUGCCAUUCAAGGCUUAUUUAUAUGUGUGCAUAUAUACACAUGUAUGUGUAUGUACAUAUGUAUGCACACACACACAUAUAUAUAUAUAUAUAUAUAU